AUGGAUCGUAUAAUACUGUUUACAUUAAUAUUCGUACCAUGUAUUAUAUCAAAGAGUACGCUAAACGGAUUCCUACCAAAUCUUCCGGUUGUAAGUAAUUAUAUUAUAGUAGUUUACAAAAUUAUUAUUUUCAUGUGCACAGAUUCAUCGAUUUUGUUGUUAUGAAUUAUCUUGUAAAUGAUUUCAGGGUGAAUACAAGGCGUAUGCCAGAGCAUUUAUUAAAUGUAAACCAACAGGAGGAAAUUUGAUUGAUUUCAAUUUGUAUUUGUAUAAAGUAUCCGUUAAUUCCUCUGAACUUAGAGGUAAUAUAACGGUUAAGAAACCGUUUGACGAUUCCUUCGGUGUAAGUGAAUAAAUAGCCACUUAGAAACAUAAUUUACAUGAUCAAUUUCGUAAAUGAUACAGAAUGCUUAAGAAUGAAUGUGUAAAUAGUGCCGUACGCAUAAAUAAAAUAUUGUUUAAAGCAAACCAUUCCUUUGAAAAUAAUUACUUUGAUAUAACUAACAGAAUAUUAUCACAAAAUAAAGCACUUAUUAGAAUAACCUUAUUUUAUACAAAGGUUGAGAUGACGCCCAAUGUCUUUGACGACAUAAUUAUAACAAAAAAAAAAAAAAAAUGCUUAAAAUGAUNUCUCAUGUAACAACUAGAUAUAAUUUUCUUUCAAUAAAGUUCUACACACUUGUCACUUAAUAAAAAAGGAAAUCCACAAACGGGCUUCAUAAUAAAACAAAUAGAGAAAUUGAAUAGGACUUAUCGAUGAAUCUACUUUUUUUUGUUUAAUGUUUCUUUGAGUAAAACAAUAAUAUUUGAAUUAAAAUAUUUUAAAUCCAAAUAGAUUAAUAUUAUAAAAUUUAACUAUGUUCCUAUUUAUUGUACAGGUUAAUUUCAGUUUUGCUGUGAAAGACUCGAUUGGAGGUUGGAAAGAAAAUGCUUAUUUUUUCCAAAUUGAUAAAGCCUGUACAAAAGCAAUAUAUUUGUUGGGUUCAGCAGCUUCAACGUUCGCCAAUAAUUUUAGUUUAAAUGCCACUUGUCCGUUUCCUGUUGUAAAUAUAAUUCUUAUUAAGCUAUUAAUGCAAUUUUAAUAAAAUACAUUUACCUUUAGGGUGUACACGUUUCCAAAGGAUUAGAUUUUACAAAGGUAUUUUCACAAGCGAAUAUACCAAAACAAUUUUUUUAUGGCACUUAUAAAUAUCGAAUUGAAAUUAUAGACAAUAAAAAAAAACAAGUCGGCUGUGGUAUUAUAAUCAUGGACAUAAAACGUCCGUGGGAAACUGAAUAA